AUGUUCUUCUCCAAGGCCCUCCUCGCCCUCGCCGGCUCCGUCGCUCUCGCCAGCGCCAACCAGGUGACGUUCUGGACUCUGGACAACGUCACGCGCACCGUCUACUUCACCAGCAACGAGAACAGCUUCCCGGUCGACUCGGUCACGGUCGACGGGUCGGAGAACAAGACGGUCAGCCUGCCCGACAACUUCGUCGGCAACUUCUACGCCGUCCAGCAGGGCAAGCAGAACGUCCCCGGCAUGCUCGGCGAGGUCCGCUUCUCGGGCGAGUUCGGCCUGACGUACUUUGACGUCUCGGCCAUCGUCGACCCCAACGACAAGGACAACGUCAAGCAGAUGUUCCCCGCCAGCUCCCAGUCGCCCACCUCGGGCUGCGAGGUCUUCCCCUGCAACAACGCCUACUAUCUGCCCGACGACGUCCAGACCAAGUCUACGGAUGAGAACCACCUCAUCACCACUCUCGGUACCGGUUCCGUCGGUCUGUAA